GGCUCCGAGGAGCAGGUCGCCGGGGUAUAAAAGGAGCCCGGGCGGAAGAUGAGCACCGGAGUCCGGCGGGCGUCCCAUGUUCUCGGUGAGGAGGAUGCUGCAGCGAGCCUGGAGAGGAGCCGGCCGGAGCGCCUCCCGCCUGCCCAAGUGCGCCGAGAGGUGGGCUGAGGGGGACGGCGCCGCGCUGAAGACGCUGGACGACAUGCCCGGGCCGUCGAUGCUCGGAUCCCUCUGGGAGUUGUUCCCGCGCCGGGGGCUGGCAAGGAUGCACCAGCUGCAGCUGGAGGGCCUGCAGCUGUACGGCCCCAUGUGGAAGGCCCACUUCGGCCCCAUCCUGACAGUCCACGUGGCCGAGCCGGCCCUGACGGAGCAGGUGCUGAGACAGGAGGGGACACACCCCUGCCGCUCGGACCUGUCCUCCUGGAAGGACUACCGCAUGCUGAGAGGUCACCACUACGGACUGCUGACCUCAGAGGGCGAGGAGUGGCAGGAGGUGAGGAGCCUGCUGAAUAAACACAUGCUGAGACCCAAGGCGGUGGAGGCUUACGAGAAAACCCUCAACGAGGUGGUCAGCGACCUCAUCGCCAAGCUCCGCCUCCGCAGACUCCCCGGGGGCCUGGUCACCGACGUGUCCAAGGACUUCUACUUAUUCGGCCUGGAGGGAGUCUCCUCGGUGUUGUUUGAAUCCAGGAUCGGCUGCCUGGAUCCGGUGGUGCCGAAGGAGACGGAAAGGUUCAUCGAGUCCAUCAACAACAUGUUCGUGCUGACGCUGCCCACCAUGGCCAUGCCCAGAUGGCUGCACACGGUCUUCCCCAUACCCUGGAGACACUUCUGCAAGUCCUGGGACGACAUGUUUAAAUUUGCUAAAGAUCAAAUCGACAGGCGGCUGAAGGAGGCGGCCAACAACCCCGGGGAGGGGAAGGUGGAGGGCCACUGCCUGGCUUACUACAUGUCCCAGAGCUCCCUGCCCAUGGAGACCGUGUACAGCAACAUCACCGAGCUGCUGCUGGCAGGCGUCGACACGAUCUCCAGCACCUUGUCCUGGUCACUGUACGAGUUGUCCCGGCACCCUGAGAUUCAGGCCUCACUGCGCCAGGAAAUCCUGGCGGUCCUGGACGGCAAGACCAUUCCCGAGGCGGCAGAUGUAGCGCGCAUGCCUCUCCUGAAGGCUACCAUCAAAGAAGUGCUCAGGUUGUACCCGGUCAUCCCUGCCAACGCCCGAGUCAACGUGGAGAGGGACAUCCAGGUCGGAGGCUACGUCAUCCCUAAGAACACUCUGAUAACCCUGUGCCAAUUUGCCACGUCCCGGGACCCCUCGGUGUUCCCCGACCACGAUGACUUCCUGCCACACCGGUGGUUGAAGAAGGGGAAGACUUACCACCCUUACGCCUCGGUGCCUUUCGGGGUGGGAAAACGGAGCUGCAUUGGGCGGCGGAUCGCUGAGUUGGAGAUUUACCUCGCCCUGGCCAGGAUCCUGCUGGAGUUUGACGUGAGGCCGGACCCCGAGGGGGUUUCUGUGAAGCCCAAGACCCGCACGCUGCUGGUUCCUGAAAAUGUCAUCAACCUGCAGUUUGUUGAACGAUGACCCACUCCUGCCGGCGUUACGUGGAGGUGACCCCCAGGAGGUCACCUGCUGGUCCAGCAGACUCCACCUGCGCUUCAAGCCCUGAAUGUUUUUAUUACAGUUUGGACAAGCCAAGUCUUUUAUUACAUCCCAUGAUGCAACGGUGCUGAGGAGUCCAGUUCCCUCUGGUCCUCUUGAAACAAACAUGUGGUGUGUGAGCCUCAUGGAGCCAAGUGUUCGUCCAGGGGCCUCAAAGCGAGGGCCCCUUGUAACAGUCAAUAAUGUAUGGAUUUCAUUAUUAAUUAUACAAAUUGUUGGAAGUAGACUGUCCAUUUUACAUUAAAAACUUUACAUUUACAAAA